GAGCCGGAACGGGGCGGGCACCAUGGCUGGUAUCACCACCAUCGAGGCGGUGAAGCGCAAGAUUCAGGUUCUGCAGCAGCAGGCCGAUGACGCCGAGGAGAGGGCCGAGCGUCUCCAGCGGGAGGUGGAGGGGGAGAAGCGGGCCCGGGAACAGGCUGAGGCUGAGGUGGCUUCCUUGAACCGUCGGAUCCAGCUGGUUGAGGAGGAGCUGGACCGUGCUCAGGAGCGCCUGGCGACUGCUCUACAGAAGCUAGAGGAAGCAGAGAAGGCAGCUGAUGAGAGUGAGAGAGGUAUGAAGGUCAUUGAAAAUCGGGCCUUGAAAGAUGAAGAGAAGAUGGAACUGCAAGAAAUCCAACUGAAAGAGGCCAAACACAUUGCAGAAGAAGCAGACAGGAAGUACGAGGAGGUGGCCCGCAAGUUGGUGAUCAUUGAGGGGGACUUGGAGCGCACAGAGGAGCGGGCCGAGCUGGCUGAAUCCCGUUGCCGGGAGAUGGAUGAGCAGAUCAGACUGAUGGACCAGAACCUGAAGUGUCUGAAUGCUGCUGAAGAAAAGUAUUCUCAGAAAGAAGACAAAUAUGAGGAGGAGAUAAAGAUUCUUACUGAUAAACUCAAAGAGGCAGAGACCCGUGCUGAGUUUGCUGAGAGAUCGGUAGCCAAGCUGGAAAAGACAAUUGAUGACUUGGAAGAUAAACUGAAAUGCACCAAAGAGGAGCACCUCUGCACACAAAGGAUGCUGGACCAGACUCUGCUUGACCUGAAUGAGAUGUAGAAACGCCUUUCCCCCAGCCCCACCCUGUCGCUGCUCCUUCCACUGACUCUGACUUUGCUGGAGACCAGCCUGCCUGAAGCUGACCUUUAACCCGAAGGCUGCUUUCUUCUCUGGGUCCUUGCUUACCCUCUCCCCACCCCACCCCUACCUCCAACUCCCCAUGUCAAUUUCACCAAAACUGUCUGCAGCUCUACCCUAGAGAUCUCACAUGGACUAAGGGCUGAGCACUUUUGGGAACAACAUUUAAGGGAACAUGAGCACAAUGCAAUAGUGUCUUUAAAAGCAUGUUGUAUGAUGUAUACAUUUUGUAAUUACCUUUUUUGUUGUUGUAGCAACCAUUUGUAAGACAUUCCAGAUAAUUCCCCAGCUCCCCUUAGGCUGCAUGUAAUCACUUUUCUUCCUUUUGGAUGGCAAAUCUUUCUACCUAAACAAUGCCCCUUCUCCUUAGAAGAAGGAAAGAGGUGUUAGCAUGCCCUACUGAGAGCUGAACAUAGCCCAAGAAAAGACUCCACCAAGGGAAACCUUGAUGGUCUGUACCACGAAGCAGCCAAACCAGAAAGGUCAUUCCAGGAGGAGUUUGCCAGAAAAGAGUGCUGUUCAGGUUUUCAGCUUUAACGUAUCGUGGGUUUUUUUCUUUCUUUUCCUUUUUUAUCUCUUAAACAUUUACAUCAGUAGCAAACAAGCAAAUUACACAGACAAGACCUCUCUGAGACCAAAUUGUCCUCCCUCUCCUCAUUCACUCACAGAAUGGAUCAUGUGCCCCAGAAGUUGGGGUGUCUCCUCCUGUCCCCACUUCACCUUCUUUGAAAAAUAACGUUUUUUUUGUGCCACUGAUUAGCCAAGUGAAUUCAUCUCAUUACCCGUUCCUGGGUCUGAAGCUGCUGCCUCUAAAAGUGCCAUCUCAUUGUGCUUUGUAUCACUCAGUGCUGGAGAAAUCUUGAAUAGCUUGUGUACAAAACUUUUUUUUAAUUUUAUAUGUAUUAUUUUUGACAGCUUUAUUUCUCUCAGGUGGGAGCACUAGGACCACCUGCACCCCACCUCCACCCCAUCUGGCUGUGAGUGCUCUCUGUCUGCAGUCCAUGAGCUGCCAGUGUGCUGAUCUUUUUUAAUUCCUUUUUUUUUCUUUUUUUGGGGGGGGGGUUGAGGUUUCUGUGAGGUCUGUGUUAGGUUUGCAUCGUGCAGCUUAUUGGCUUAAAUGUACUCUCCUUUGGUGUGGUCUAUUUGGGAGCCAAUCUGGAGAAAGAGGAACCAAUAGUGCAAGUGUUUUGAUACUGAAAAUUGACAAUGUGUUUUGAAAUAAAGAACCAGUCCCUCCACCCUCA